CUUAUGCCCAGCCCUGCCACCCUGGCUCACCUCGACCCAUGGUGGGGGGCGGUGAUGGUCACAGCCUGCCACCCUCCCCAGAGUGUGCCUGGGACACUCCCCCACAAAAAUCAUGAAUGUGACACCAGUUACCCAUGGGUCCCUGUUCCACACCCCUGCCCUCCUCACUGGGGAGCUGGCCCGCCCCAACCUGGGAGGUGGGGGGGGGUGGGAGCCUGAGGCACCCUGGCCCUCUCCUCUUCCAGGCCCUUCUCUGCAGCCUGCUCAGCUCGGUUCUCCAGCCAAGAUGCCGCCACGCCUGCUCUGCGCCAGCGCGGAGGCCAGGCCUGGAGCUGGGGUCGGGGGGCGGGGACCCUCUGGGCCAGCACCGUCAGUCAGCCUGGAGCCUCUCGCCUCUCGCCUGCCCUUGGGGAGCCUCAAACUUCCCAGGAGAAGAGGGCCAGCUCUGCUGGGGGCAGGAGAUGUGGGGGAGGGUGCCGGAUCUGCCCUGCUCCGGGCCCUCAGCGGCACAAUAGCCCCUGGGGCUGCCACUCUCUGGCUUAAGAGGUUGCCUGGGCAACAGCUGGGGCCGCUUUCCACCAAUCCAAGGCAGAGGCCGGGUGGGGGGAGGGCAGCCCGGCCAGGACGGGGGCCGCCAUCCCCUUGUCCUCAGUCCUAUAUAAGGAGGAGGGAUGGGAGAGGGGUGGCCUGGGCGUCCCUGUCCCUCCGUUGGGCUCGAGGGGGCCGCAACGAUGCCGAGGCUGGGCUGCACCAAGCCCGGGUCCUGGGGCAGCUUCUGGGCCAUCCUGACCUUGGUGGGCCUGGCCACUCGUGCGGCCCAGAGAGCCGAGGUCGGCGGCGAGGCAGGGGGCACCGCCAUCAACCACUCCCAGAUGCUGCUGCAGCGCCUGCAGGAGCUCCUGCGGCAGGGCAACGCCAGCGACGUGGUCCUGCGGGUGCAGGCCGCGGGCACCGACGAGGUCCGGGUGUUCCACGCCCACCGCCUGCUGCUGGGGCUGCACAGCGCGCUGCUCCGGGAGCUGCUGAGGAACCAGAGCGAGGUGGUGCUGCAGGAGCCCAGGGACUGCGCCGCCGUCUUCGACAAGUUCAUCAGGUACCUCUACUGCGGGGAACUGGUGGUGCUGCUGGCCCAGGCCAUCCCCCUGCAUAAGCUGGCCACCAAGUACGGAGUGGCCUCCCUGCAACGGGGCGUGGCCGACUACAUGCGCGCGCACCUGGCGGGCGGCGCGGGCCCGGCGGUGGGCUGGUACCACUACGCGGUGAGCACCGGGGACGAGGCCCUGCGCCAGAGCUGUCUGCAGUUCCUGGCCUGGAACCUGUCGGCGGUGGCAGGGAGCACCGAGUGGGGCGCCGUGAGCCCCGAGCUGCUGGCGCAGCUGCUGCCGCGCUCGGACCUGGUGCUGCAGGACGAGCUGGAGCUGUUUCACGCGCUGGAGGCGUGGCUGGGCCGCGCGCGGCCGCCAACCGCUGUGGCCGAGCGGGCACUGCGCGCCAUCCGCUACCCCAUGAUCCCGCCGGCGCAGCUGUUCCAGCUGCAGGCGCGCUCGGCCGCCUUGGCGCGCCACGGGCAGGCGGUGGCCGACCUGCUGCUUCAGGCCUACCAGUUCCACGCCGCCUCGCCGCUGCACUACGCCAAAUUCUUCGACGUCAACGGCAGCGCCUUCCUGCCCCGCAACUACCUCGCGCCCGCCUGGGGCGCCCCGUGGGUCAUCAACAACCCAGCCCGCGACGACCGCAGCACCAGCUUCCAGACGCAGCUGGGCCCCAGCGGCCACGACUCUGGCCGCCGCGUCACGUGGAACGUGCUCUUCUCGCCGCGCUGGUUGCCGGUCAGCCUGCGGCCGGUCUACGCCGACGCCCCGGGCACCGCUUUGCCCGCGGCGCGCCCCGAGGACGGCCGGCCGCGGCUCGUGGUCACGCCAGCCAGCAGUGGCGGCGACGCCGCGGGCGUGAGCUUCCAGAAGACGGUGCUGGUGGGGGCGCGCCAGCACGGCCGGCUCCUGGUCCGCCACGCCUACAGCUUCCACCAGAGCAGCGAGGAGGCGGGCGACUUCCUGGCGCACGCCGACCUGCAGCGGCGCAACUCCGAGUACCUGGUGGAGAAUGCCCUGCAUCUCCACCUCAUCGUCAAACCUGUCUACCACACCCUCAUCCGGACCCCCAAGUAGCCAAGCGGGGUGGGGACAGGGAACCUGGUGUCCCGGACGAUUCCAGAAAGCCCGGCACAGCUGGCCUGGAGGGACUGGGAGGGGCCACCCAAACGGCGUUGCCUACACUGGCCCUCCAGGCAACCAACCAGGUGCUGGUGACCUCAGAGGGAGGCCAGGCGAGGGAUGGUAGACCAGAUGCCUGGUUCCAGCAGCUGCUUCACGGCUGACUCAAAGACAUUGCUUUUGGUUGAAUAAACUGAUAGAGAAGCAAGGGGGUGAUUGACCCAUCCAGGCCUCUGGAAAAGUCAGCCCGAGGGAGCGGGGUCGCACAGAUCUAAGGGUUCCCUGUGUCUCAUUGACUUUUCCCCAGGCUCCCCACCCUCACAUGGAACAGGGCGUCCGAGUGGUCAGGGCUGGGAACCC